AUGGAUUUCGCCAGACUUGACUCCGUUCUUGAUUGCAUCGCUUUGCAGCGUGGUGUAACAGCAGAUACAAUAUUAGCAGGGUGGCUUGAAAGGCGGGAAAAUGGAGAUUCUGAGCGUUGGAGGCAGCUCGAUGGGAUCCCUUGCAUUAUUGGUGGGCUGACAGCACUUCUUGGCACACUCGAUGGUCGAGGGGGGACAUUUCCAUGGAAGAGACUACCUGCCAUUCUAGCCCACCGUGGAUACACCCUCCAUCACUACCCUGAGAAUGUUCUCAUGCCCGGCAAGAAACGCCCAACGCUUGUCAAAAGCAAGGGUAUCCACGACCUUACACUCCGUGAGCGGGACCUACUUGCUGAUGCCCUGAAAACAAACACCAUCAUCAUUCAGCAUGUCACCACUGAUAAAGCCCGCCGGAAAAUCAUGACUUCCCGUGAACCGAUCAUCUUUGGAGAGGCACCUCAAAAUGAUUCACGGAACCCACGUGGCCGGCGCACAUUCCUGAAUGGUCGGAUCGAUAGGAGGGGACUUCCUCGUCUCUCAAUGGCCAAGACAUCUCCAGAGCCGCUGUCUCCACCUGCACCUUCUCAUCGGCUUCAUCGGCGAAAACCACAGGUAUUAUCACCCGAGGAUUCUCCUGUGGUGUCGCCCGUACCUUCUCGUCACCAUUCUUCUGUGGAGUCUCCUGUACCUUCUGGUUGCCAUUCUCCUGUGGUGUCUUCUGCGCCUUUACGUCGUCCAAAACUGCAGGUUUUCGUUGAGUUACCCGUCGCCCCUCCAUCCUGGAGGUUGAAAGCAGCACGGCAGCACUCUUUGCCUGUCAGUAGACCGGAAACCAGCUCGCUCAUCCCACAGAUUAGCUGCCUCACUCAGCUUUCGGCUACUACGGAUGUUGUUGAUGAGGAGGGAGAAGUUGAUGGGCUACUCACACAGCUUUCAGCGACUGUGACUGCAGUUGGUACCAUCAAUGAGGAAUAA